AUGGCACCAAACCAUUUCCUCCGGGCCGCGAUGCCACUCCGAACAAUGACACCACUGUCCGUGACACGCCCAACCCUCCUCCAAACUCCCCAAAUCACAACUAUCACCCGCCAAAAGACAACCAGCACACAACCCAAACCGACAAACACCCCAGACACCCUAACCCUGCCACCCCGCCUGCGCGCCUACGCCUCAGUCCUGAAGACAGGCACAGUAGUCUCCGUCGGCCGAAUGGACCGCACCGUCCGCGUCUGCCACAGACACAACACCUACGACCGCCACAUCGGCAAGUACUACCCCAAGGAAACGAGCUACCUAGUCUCGGACCCGCGCAACAGCCUCCGCGACGGCGACGUAAUCGAGUUCUCGUCCGGCGCGCCGAAGAGCAAAAACGUCCACCACGUCGUCGAGCGCAUCAUCACACCGUUCGGUAGUGCUAUUUCUGAGCGGCCGGCUGUGAUGUCCCGCGCUGAGCGUGAUGCUGAGCGGGAGGCGCGCUGGGCCGAGAAGUAUGUACGACGCGAGGGGAGGGUUCUGGGUCGCGAGGUUAAUCUCAGGGCUGAGGCUUUGGAGAUGGCGGUUCAGAGGGGCGAGGCUGUUGAUGAGGCUGCUUUUGAGGGGCUGUCCACGGCUCAAUUGAUUCGCGAGUAUCACGGGGGCCAGGAGCGUGUUGGAAAGAUUAAGAAGCUUGUUAGAGAGAGGAUGGAGAUGGAGUAG